AUGGGAAAUGGUCUAAAUCAUCUUAGACAACAAGAUCCUUCAUUUCUUUACGAGCCUCUCCUCAGCUCUCCAGUUUUAGAGGAGACAGAAAAAGAGAAUUUGAGAGUCUUCAGCGCCAAGGAACUGAAGAAAGCAACAAAAAGAUUCAGAAAAGACAGGGUCGUAACUAGCCAUGAUGGUUCGGUUCAAACAUUCUACAAGGGAUACAUCAAUGACACCACAUCUGCAACAUCAAGAACUAAAACCAAAGUCGCUGUUUCUGUAAUGGAAUGUCUUCAACACAGUCCACGGCCAAAGCACGUGUGGAAGAUAAGCAAAGAAGAAGCGGAGUCUCUAGGAGAGAUACAUCAUCCCAACUUGGUCAAGCUCUUGGGUUACUGUUAUGAAGAUACCAAAUCACUUUUGGUUUUCGAAUACUCGCACAAAGGAAGUUUGCACGAUCACAUAUUCGGAAAAGAGGAGGCAUUGCCUUGGGAAACACGGGUUAAGAUAGCCAUUGGAGUAGCAGAAGCUAUUGCAUUCCUCCACUCCAUCAAGAAAAUCCCGAUACAUCAAGAACUCCAUAUGCAUAACAUUAUGCUUGACGAAAACCAAUACAAUGCAAAAUUACUUUACCUUGAUUCCAAAAGAAUUUUUUUUGGUUAUAAUGGGAGAUUUGUAGCAACUACAUACCUGCCUUUUGAAUAUGCAAUGACAGCAGGCCAUGCGGGAGUGAACACCGAUGUUUUCACAUAUGGUGUGAUCUUGCUUGAGCUUUUUACUGGUUCGAAAGGUGGAGUAUUAUGUCAGAGCAGCUUAGAUAUUAGGAGUAGAUCGUUUCGGGAAAUAAUUGAUCCCCGACUUGAGAGCGACUAUCCUACGCAUGCAGCAAAAAAAAUGGGCAGACUCAUCCAAAGAUGCACCAUGGGGAACUGGAAGGAACGACCGUCAAUGCAACAUGUUUUGGGUGUUCGUAUAACUAUAUUGUAUAGGAUAUAUAUGAUUAGAGUCAUUAUUGUAAUUAGUUAA